CUAAGGGAAAGCGUGUUUGGCUAGGAGCUUCCGCGGUUCUUCUCGGUUCUGUGGCGGUAGAAUCGAUUCUGAAGAUAAAUGAGUUUGAAGUUUUGGGGGAAGUUUUGACCAAGAUCAAAGCAGAAACAGUCCCCCCUUUACCUACCCUCUUUUGGAGGAAGGAUUCGUAUUGGAGCUUCAUCAGGAGGAAAGUGUGAGUUAUUAGGGAUUAUGCAGAAAGCGUGAUAAUACCAUUAUAGUUGAAUGAGGGGGUGAGAAAAAGUUGUGCAAAGUGAUUUUCCUAGAAUACUUAUUUCUGGUGAUGAUGUAGCUAAGAAUGAGCUUCAAUUUAAAUUGUGGAAAUACUGAUUACCAAGAAGGUUUCAUUCGAGUUCUGAUAAUAAGUGGUGAUUAUAGCUAGUCAAUGUUGAAAUUUGAAGAAUAACUUUUAAGUAGACGAAAAAGUCGUAACAAAGCACAAAAUGAAUCUAUCAUUAAACACGACCUGGCUUAGAGUGUUUCCAACAAUAAUAAUUAAGUCUGAAAAGUUUGCAGAAAAUUCAUCAAUAUGCUAAUGAACUCAACAGAAUACAUGGUUUUAUUCGACUUUCACUUGGAAACGGCAGAUAAUAUCAUACAAAAACAAACGAAAACAUAAAUGUUGUGUUGAAGCUUAGCAUACAGAAAGGUGAGUAGAGAAAAUAGUUCAACUUUUCAGGGCGAAUGCAACAAUAAUGAGGUGAUGAUUAGUUAGGAUAAAUGUAACCAUGCGUCUCCAUGGAACCAUCGUUCUACAAACCGAAAAAAUCAACAAGCUGAAGAAAUGGCUAUACUCAACUUAAACUUACAACCGCUGUGUCAUCCUAGUUCAAAAACAGCUUACAACCGGAGUACCAUACCGAGAAAACACCCCGACCACAGAGAAAACUAAUUUGGUGCAGCUGGUGCCAAGUUUCCCGAAGGACUGCAUCUCAAUCAGAACAUUCGUUGGAGUGAAACUGAGCUGGCUGGUGUUAUCGAAGUGGGUUAAUCAGUGAGAAUUACAGAAAAGUAGUUAGUCGCACGUAUCGCCCAGUCAGUGCCAGUUUUACGCUGCAAGGAUCGAGAAAAAUGAUUUUCCCUGGAUAAUAACGACCCCAGUUCGUAUGAUUUAUUCGUUGCGCGUAAUCGAGUACGAACGAGAAAAAAGUUUUCAAUUUGAUUUGCCCCGAAAAGGUGUGAAGAAAAGUGUUUCAACCGAAAGUGAGAGAAGAGUGAUUUCGUUCGAAUCGGGGUUUUUUUUUUCGUUCCGUUGUCGGAUGGUAUCAAAAAGCAGGAAGUGAAGAAUUGCCAUUUGCCGAAGGCAUCGAAAUAACGCGUCAAUGAAAAUUGGGGAUCAAUCCAUGCGGUGAGACGGUGAAAAUAGCUCUAGGAUUUGUGGAGGAGUAUGUAUCAAUGCGCCAGGCAGUUGUUUGCGAGAAAGUGAAGGUGUGAACAGCAAAAAAGCAGUAGAGGAUUUUUGCUGAAAGAUUCUGAGGAUCGUUUACGGAUGAUUUGAAAUCAUCCGACAGUUGUGACCAUUUUUUCCCCGUUUUCCUCUGAUGGUUGGAUGUGUAUCAGCGUUUAAAUGGUUAAUCCACUUUCAUCAUUGCUGGCCAAUAAUACUACAGUGAAUGGGGAUGAAAACAAUUGAAAGCGCCCGACAUCAACGACAGCAACACGAUGCAGCAACAAGAAAAACGACGCGAGCUGCGUUUGAAAAAGUUCUGGCGUACCACCACAAAGCCACCAACGUCAUCGGAGGACUCAGGCGGCUGCGAAAGUCCUACAAAACUAGGACGAAAGGCCUUCCAGCAACAAACAAAUAGCAUUAACAGUCCCGCCCGGAAUCCACCGACAUGUUCGCUGCCACUGUUGCAGGUCUGGCCCAGCCAAGACUCACCCCGGGGGGAAGCCGACGGGCAGAGUUUCGUGUUUCCCCUGGCAGUCGAUGACCAGGGCGGAAGCAGCACGGUAUACCUUCAAACCUCGCUGCAGCAUGCCGCCAUACCCUCGAGCAGCAGUAGCGGCGAUCUACGCCGUAAUUCCCUCUUCGUUGACCAACUGCAAGCUGGCGACUCCGGUAUCGAUUCCGUUCAGGCAUCCCCGUCGCCGGUUGCCAUGCCCUGUCAUCCCCUGGUAGUGUCCAAUGCAAUAUCACCAAGUGCAUCGCCCACCGUGGGUUCACCGACGCCUUCGAUGGACCGGAACCGGCGUCCGUCGACGUCACUGCUCCAUCCGGACCAUGCGAGGAUACUGGCCCUGCGACAACUGACGUCACCCGACCAAACAUCGCUAGAAGACAAUACAGAAUUUAAUGGGGUAGCGGGUAAUCACCUUUGCACCGCUAGCUCCAGUACGACCUCAUCCCUAACGUCGGUAGCAGUCGCCACCCUAGGACAGCAUCCCCAAAGAUCAUCCGAUCCCUGGCUACGUCCGGAGCGUGACAAAGAUCACCUCGAACUGGACCAACGAAGGGCUUCGACGAUGACCGCCCGUCUGUCGCUGUUCGACGCCCUAGAUCUGGAGUACGCGCUGCUUCGAGCUGCUGCUCGUGGUUCCGUGGGCCCAUACUCGCUCAGUGAAUCGUUGCACAAACUCACCUUCACCCAGUCGCUCGCCUUUCCGGCACUCGCCCGCGGACUAGCCGCAAAACGGCGAACCUCCACAGAGGAGAGCUCGGCCCGGCCGCUCAACCCGAACGAGUCCGGUCUGAACACGUUCGCCAAAGUGGUCACCGCCUGUGUUCUAGUGAUGGUUAGCUUUCUGGUGUUUCUAGUGGUGUACAAGUACGUAAGGACGUGAGGUUUGCUCCUGGCCCCGACCGAAGUCACGAUACAGGCAACGACCGCAUCGACGGCGAUUGCCUCAUAUCAUCACGUGGCCAACAGGACCCUAGCGUCGGGCGUCAGGAAGCUAUUCAACCUCGAUAACUAGUGCAACACAGUGUAGAUCAAGAAGAAAACACGCAAGUCGUAACAAACGGAAACGCUCUUUCUUAUGAUGUAGCACCUAAUAGUAAGUGGUAACGAACAACUUCACAGAAAGAAAAACAAGUCAAUCGCAUUCGUAUUAUCAAUCAACGCCGUAGCUCAGCAACAACGUUUCAAAACUGACUUCGGACAGUGCGUCGAAUAAUAGCCUUACGGUGUGGACAAUCUGUGAACAGUGAAAGACUCCGUAGUGUACGAAAAUGACGUCACAAAUUUACCAUUUUCCGCACUUGCUCUAAAACAUGUUAUAUUUCAAAAAAAAAAUCCUUUUGAUUCGGUAGACCUUGAACAAACAUAUUAUCCCAGGAUUCGAUCAAUAAUUGGUUAUAGCAUUGACAAUUUGAAAACUUUAGGUAGAGUCAGAGUAAUAGAAAUAUUCAAAUGAAAACCACAGAUAGACUUCAAAUUGGUUUCACAUAGUGUUUGAGUAGUUAGAUGCAAAAAUUGUUAUCAUCUGAAAAGAAUUUUGAUAGCAGUAUGAAUAAUUUAUCUAUUGCUUUGUUUGACCACUUUAAAUCGGUAUUUUAAAGGAAAUGUGUGGCUUAGCUGCAUGAUUACAUUAUUUAUUUUUUGUGUCUUUCAAUUACAGUUAAUCCGUCUUAUACCAUUUUGUCUUCAAUUUCGAACAUGACUCAUAUACUCCCUUUUUUGUUAACGGUCGAAUGCUCUUUCGAUCGAAAACCUUUUUGCAUUCCCUUGUACGCCAGCAAAAUCAAAAGGGCCGUGGAUUUGAUCGAAAGUUGGAUCCGCCGUAUACAAGAAUGACGGUGUAUUCCAAACAGUGACAAUUUCAAAGGCAAGAAUUGACAUUUUUACAGCUUUACAUGGAGAGGACUUAAAUCAUAGAAAAAUUGACCAUCUCAGGAAGAAAUAUGAGCAGUUUUGUUGAAAAUCGCUAUGAAAAGUCGAGUAUGUGGAAUGUAAAAGGCUCUACACCUGCAAAUAGUUAUU